AUGACGUCCGCAUUCAAGUCCUUCGUCACCGGCGCCAAAAAGUUCGCCCUGGGCACCGCCCAUGGCGUAUCGGCCCUCGAGCUGUUCCCCAAGACGGACCCGGCCGUCGACGGCGAGGAAUGCGAGCACGACUGCGAGAGCUGCCACGUGAAAUACCCCAAGGGCUUCAAGAUUGACGAGGCCGACGAGCUGUACGGCAUGGUCAAGGGGUGGAGCACGCACGCGCUCGUGGCGACGGGGAAGAGCGAUUGGGUAAGAGACGUGGCGGACGAGAAGGGGAGCGUGAUGGAGGCUAUUGGGAGGGCUGCGGCGCCGAGUAAUGGGAAACUCAUGCUCUCGGCCUCCAACAUCCCGACACCGAAUCACUCGAGCGACUACACCGAACCCACGACGGUCCUCCUGCUCCCAGCCUUUGUCAUCAUCGACCACGUCACCCCCAAGAGCGUGCCCGAGCUCAUUACCGAAUUCGUAGACAAGGCGCCGACAAACACCUCCCCGCUCGCGCCGCUCGCCCUUCCCAACUCCGUCCCCGUAGCAUCAACAAACGGCAACGGCACCACCGACGCGAGCGCGGCCGCACCGAGUAGCAUACCCCCCGAAAUAUCCCGCCGCCCCUGCCCGCACAGCGCGCUGAUCCUCCUCUGCUCGCAAAAGACGCGCGACGCCCGCUGCGGACAGUCUGCGCCGUUGCUGCGCAAGGAGCUGGAGCGCCAUCUCCGGCCCCUGGGGCUCUUCCGGGAUAUGGACGACGAGAGGCCCGGCGGGGUGGGGAUUUAUUUCAUUUCGCACGUCGGUGGGCACAAGUACAGCGCCAACGUGAUGGUGUAUCGCCGGCCCGACGCCUUUGGGCUGGAUGAUGUGGAGCGCGUCAAGGAGGAGGGGGAGUUGGUGCCCAAGGCGAGGACGGCGGUGCCGGAGACGGAGGAUGUGGGUGCUGCGCAGUGUAUCUGGCUUGCGCGGAUCAAGCCCGAGGAUUGUGAGAAUUUGGUAAAGUAUACGAUUUUGCAGGGCAAGGUUGUGAAGCCUGAGACGCAGCUGAGGGGUGGGUUUGACAGGGCCAAGGGGAUGAUGAGUUGGUGA